GGUAACUACGCAGCUUCAUGCCUAUCUGGGUCUGCUCGCCCCUAUUGGAACCAGCAUGUUUCUAAAUGAAGCAAUGUCACAUUGCCUCACAUCGUGGUCAAUACGAGGCCGCUUCUUGCCUCGACUCAAGUGUCUCUACGUAGAUCAUUCAACAUUAGGGGUAGGAGGCUUUCCGGGCUUCAUGCUUCGACUGGUUCACUAUCGUCCAUAGCAUUGGUGUGAUGCCUGGCAAAAAACAGCUGCCAUCUUCCUCUCGAGGUCCGAAAGGAAAAUUUCCUGCCUACCAGCUCUCCACUCCUGGUCCACACUCAUGGCGCACAUCAGGGUCACACUUGCCCCAUAUCGCUGGUCCCCAAGAAGCCCAGAACCGUAACAAUAUCCGCGGGAAUCGACAAGAUGGAUCAACAGGAUCGCAUCUCGAGGGACCUCCUAGUGAUUCGGAGAUAUCGCCUUUUUGUUGUACUACUGGGUGGUUCGGGCAUUGGCCAAGUUUCAAUUGGCGUGACAGGUCAACUACACCUCACUUAGAACUGCCUGCGGUUCAUCACCCAACCCCUGAUACCUCGCGGCUAUCGCCAGCUCAUCCCGAUCCCAAACAGAAUACUCUUUCGACGCGCGGCAUCGACACCACGCCCAACAACACUUCGAGCCUCCACCCGCAACCAGAACGUGUGGGGUUGGACUCAGACGGGAAUUCGGCCCCAGCUAGUGACGGAAAGAAGUCGAUCAUUAUAGGCACUACGGAGCUCAUUCUACAGGCAGCUGCCUCCGCUCUUAAAUUUUCUCCCAUUCCACUUUUGGGGAGAUUCCGAGUCUACUGCUGACAUUUCUCCAAGUUUACAAGACAGUUGACAGUAAUAUCGAAAAUCUCAAAGGGCUAAAUAACGAGGUCGUCAAAGCUUACACAAUCAUUCUGCGACCGCUCCAACUGUGGACGAGCGA